AUGCAGCAGGUGAAACGGGUGCAACAACAAGAUGGGCUGUACAUGGCUGUUCGCAGCCCUGGCUGCCCCUUUCGCUUCACCACUCCUGCUACAGGUCGCGUGCCGCAGCCCCCUCUUCGGCCCGAUGCAUGCAGACAGACGUCCGGACCGGGACUGGAGUGCUUCUGGCUUGCAGUCCGGGACCCGGGGGUGUCCGUUCGACGCUGA